CUUCCUUAUUUAUCUUUUAAAAAAGUUUGUUAUAAAAAAGUCGCUAGAUUCCCGUCGUAUGUAACAGAAGACUUAAUAAAACCGCGUACGGCGUCAUCCGGCAAAUCCACGGAGGAGAUUGAUUUGAUCUCUCUAUCUCAAUAUCGUAAACGCUGCCGGAGCUAGAAAACAUCGGUUAGCGGCGGACUAAUCUUUUGCAUGUCGACGUGAGCUGGAAGCAGCUGCUUUUUCUUCCUCUCCAGAUCUCUAACCCAUUUCCACCUCUUCCUGUGUGUCAUUGGGUUUUUUUUAUCAAAGCCAUGGUACUUGAUGGGAUGAUUGUAUCUUCACCGUUAAGGAGACACCAGUCUCUAAAGAAGCAGUGGGAAGACUUGGGUAGCUGCUCCACCGUUAUCAACAGACAUCGAUAUCUCUUAACAGCUUUGCUUCUUUUGGCAUUUCUCUGCACUGUUUAUCUUUACUUUGCUGUUACUUUAGGUAGGCACUCCUCCACGUGUUAUGGCUUGACCGGGAAAGACAAGGCAAUGUGUCAAUUGCAACACGUUCAAGCUAUCUCCAAAGGGAAACUCAAAUUCUUUUAGUGUGGUUGGCAUGACAUCUAGCGAAAGAUGAAACCCCACCUUAUUCUUAUUGAUCUACAACAUUAAUUUUUUUAAAUAUUUGAUUGUACAAUGUUACUUGUGUGUACUAUUAUUACUACAUGGUGAACAACCAGAGAUUUUUAUAAUCGAAAAGAUAAGAGAGUAUACAUUUGCAGUGA